AUGAGCCAGCAACAGCACGAUAUGUAUCUCGACUACGCACCUCCUUCGAAUCGCUCUCCCAAUUCCUCGCGCCCUUAUCCAGGUGGCAGCGGCUUCCAACCCGGCAUGUCUCUGCCUCGCCAGACCCAGAGGCCUUUCGAUCCGCCUCUGGGCUCAUCUGCCCUCUACUCGACCGACCGCCUGACAGGGGGCUACAACCCGCGAGGCAUGGAUCAAAUGAGCCAUCAAGGAGGGAUGCAGGGCGGCUAUAUGCCUGACAACAACCAGGCAUGGUCUUACAACCCUGCAGCUGUUGCCACGGUCAAUGGCGCCAUGAACGGCACAAGCCGGCAGAGGAGCGUCAACCGACGCAACCCCAUUCCUACGAACUGGACCGAUCAGGGCGGCAUGGGCAUGCCGUACGGCUCGGUUAGCCUCAACGGUACCCCUUUGUCAAGCGGUAUGAGAUACGACCAGGGACAGCAUGACAUGCGUGGCGGCCCUGGCGAAGAGCAGCUGAUCCCGACGGCCAUUGUCAUCAAGAACAUUCCCUUUGCGGUUCGCAGAGAGACUCUAGCGGGGCUCAUGCUCGAGAUGCACCUCCCGCAGCCCUACGCGUUCAACUACCACUUUGACAACGGUGUCUUUCGUGGUCUUGCCUUUGCCAACUUCUCCUCGCCUGAUGACACGAAGAUCGUGAUUGAGGCUAUGAACGGCAUGGACGUCCACGGUCGCAAACUUCGCGUCGAGUACAAGAAGAUGCUGCCAGAAGCCGAGCGUGAGCGCAUUGAGAGGGAGAAACGUGAGCGUCGUGGACAACUGGAGGAGCAACACCGUGCACCUAUGCUCCACCAGCAGCCUUCUGUUUCUACGCUGAACAGCAUGAAUAACGGCCAGUCUCGUGGUGGAGCUAGCACCGCCCUCGGCGAUGUGAACCUGAAUGACCCAGAGACACUCGAGUUUUACACGGAGCUCACCCUGUUCAAGCAGGACAAUAACCGCGAAAUCCUCAUCUUCCCAUCGACUGUGGCACCUGAGCAGCGCCGCCAGAUUCACAUCUUGGCUCACCAUAUGGGUCUGGAGCACCGUUCCGUUGGCGAUGCCGACUCGAGACAGAUCCAUGUGCAGAAGCGCCAUCUCCCCUCGCCCACUUCGCAGAUGCCCACGGCGCCCGCCGUCGGUCUGGAUUACCACAAGAAGGGGCUCAGCAGGGCCGCUACCUUCGACUUUGCCGCAGACAGGGAGCGAGAGACCAGGGCCGUCACCGGCAACUACUCUCACAUGCUGGGCCGCCAAGGACCCACCCUCGAGCUGCCUGGCAGCCCUGAUGGCACGGGUCUUGCCAAUCUUCGAGCUGCCAAGAGCUUUGCCGAUCUCCGAUCGUUCAGCCCCAGCCCCUCGGCCUCGUCGUCCAGCUACUUGACGGCCGUCAACAAUGGCAUGAUGCCUCCUGCCAGGUUCACUGAAUAUGCCAGCGGCAUGAACCAGGGCAACUCACUCGCGACCCCCAACCUGACCCCGACUACGCCGGGUACGUCGAGCACCCCUGGGAACGACAGCCUGCUGAACUCUCUGGGUGCGCUUAACCUGGGAGCUUUCGAGGCCGCGACUCAUGCGCAGCCGCGCAACACCCCCGGCGCGAUCGGUAGUCAGCGUCCCGGCGCUGUGAACAGCCGCAACGGAGCCCCCGAGAGGCAGCCACGAGGCCCGGAAUGGGAGGCGUCGGCUGGCUUUGGAGGCCGCACCCGCACUAACGGCCAUAUGCAGCGAGGAAGCGAAGACUCGUCUGACAACGGCGCGCGUUCCACCGCGUCCCGCUACCACUGA